AUGAAAUGCAUUUUUACGUCUAUCAAUGCUGACAAUGUACAUUUCGUUAUACCUUUGUCUGCUUCAGAUGGGAAAGGGAAGAAAAAAAAGAAAAGUUCAUCUUCCUUGUCAAGCUCUUCUUCAUCCUCAUCGUCCUCCUCAUCAAGUGAUGAAAAGGCCAAGAGGAAGGAAAAGAAAAGGAACAAAUUAAAGAAGAAGUUAAAGAAGAAAAGAAAGUUGAAGAAAGAGAUGAAAUUGGAGAAGAAGAAAAAUAAGAAGUUAAAGCAAUUGGAAGAAAGAAGAGCAUCCCUGCUUGUAGAUUUGAUGCCCCCUCCAGCCCCCCCUCAGGCUCAAGGCAGUGCCCCGCAGCCCUUCCUGGAGUUGUGGCAGAGUGAUGAUAGCACAGAAGAUCACGGACCAGGUAUGGUCAAUGAAAUCCAUUGGGAAUUUGCACCAGCAGUUGAGUUUAGACUUGUAGCUGUCUCACAUUUUGUCUUAUGUUGACAAUGGUUGGAUGUUUCUUUGUUACCUAGCUCAACAAGGAAUGGAAAAUGAACAUAAAGCUGAGCAGAUGGAUGGAUCUUUUGUUUUGUCCAUUCUUUAGCAAUGACAGAUGAGCAGAAAGCCAGGCUAUCCACCAAGCGGCCCCUAACAAAGGAGGAGUAUGAGGCUAAGCAGAGUGUCAUCCGCAGGGUGGUAGAUCCUGAGACUGGACGCACCAGGUACACCAACGCUAUAGACAACAUGAAUGUUCCCAUGGCAUCUAUGGCUCAGUAGUUUCUCUCUAUUCCUAUAUGGGCUGGGUGUGUGCUGGUUUUUAUUCCUUAUGUGUAUAAAGAAAAAUUAUAUUAUCUUUGUUUUUCAGGCUGAUAAGGGGAGAAGGAGAGAUCAUUGAGGAGAUUGUCAGUAGAGAGAGACACAAAGAGAUCAACAAGGUAAAUUGAAAACCAUCAAAGGCCAUGUAGCUGUGUGUGCUUUUGGGGGUUAAAAUGUUGUCCUUUACCCCCCCAAAAAAGCCUACCUAAUACCUACCCUCCAUUCUUGUCACAGCAAGCCACAAAGGGAGACGGAAACUCCUUUCAGAAGAAACUAGGAUUGAACAGGUAG